UUACAUAUUAGCAAUAGGCUAAUCGUUUGAAGUUUGUCAUUACUAUUUAAUGUAUAAUUGUCUUAGUUCUAGUUGAAUUUAAUAAAGAAACAAAGUAUCUUAGGAUAACCGAUCAAGAAAAUUACAUAUGAAAUAAUUAUUAUCAAUGUAAAAAGUAUCAAUUUGUACAAACAUACUUUUGACUCUUUAGUAAACAAUUGAGCUUACCCAAAAUCAUUUGAAAAUAUGAAUGAAUUGUGUUAGGGGAGAUUAAUAUAUGAGGCUAGGCACACUUAACAUAGCAUCAAUGAAAGAGUGAGUCCAGGAAGUUACUCACCAUGCUUAAAAAUCCCUACUUGAAAUACCACUUAUCUCUCUAGAGCAGAUCUUGAAUUGACUUCAGAAGGACUAACAGACCUAGAAAAGUCGUGUGUGCGCAUGUGCAGGUGAAACAAGGAAACAACAUGAAGUUCUAGCAUCAAAUCUCUAAUAAGGUGAUUAUCAUAUAAUAGUGACAAAUACAAUGAAUUCAUCCGACCAACGGGUCGGGCAAAAGCUAGUUAGAAGAUGUAACGACCCGAUCAUUUUUGAAAACCAAACCAUAACUCAAACCAUAAACCGGUUACUCCGGAGCAACCCGAAACAGGUUUACAAGUCAAAACCAAAAAUCAACAACAACAAUGUUCAAGAUUCUCAAGUGAAAUGCUCUAAACAGUUGGGCGACCUCAAUCCAGAGCGACAAAACUUAAAACACAAUCUUUGAGUUUCCCAGUAUACUCAUUAAGACAUGAAACUAAAGACAGAUAUAAUGGGAGGUCCCAUCUCGUUACCCAUAUCCAGUUGACAUCUUCAGGUUUGCCGCGGCUGCUCUCCUCGGGUAACCUCCUCUUGAUGGAUGCAUCCUCUUCCCCUCUCUACACCUGGUGAGUGAGAAGGGGUCAGUCUCGUCGUUACUUCCUAAGGUAUUCGCCCUAAGAAACGCCUUACUAAACACGUUAGUAGGGUUCUUGACUUAGACAAAAGCCGUUCUCGCUUUCAUCCUUUAUACUUUGUUAUCAAACAGUCUAUAAGAGAUCUCUACUCCUAUCUUAUCUUUAGAAUUUCCUUACUUAUAUCCUUAAUCCAUAGACACCAACAUUAGGGACCACCGCGUUAUGUCUCGCCGUCUGGUGUCCCUACUCUAGUAUGCCAACCGCGUUACGUCUCGCCGUCCGGUUGCAUACCCAACUCGGCAAUGACACUUUGUUACGUCUCGUCGUCCAGUCCAUGCCCGGUCAACUACUGCAUUACGUCUCGUCGUCCAGUAGUGACCCAAACAUACCCGAUCAACUGUUGCGUUACGUCUCGCCGUCCAGUCCAUGCCCGGUCAAAAACUGUGUUACGUCUCGUCGUCCAGUAGUGACCCAAACAUACCCGAUCAACUGUUGCGUUACGUCUCGCCUUCCAGCAGUGACCCGACCAUCUACCGCGUCCAGUAGUGGCCCAACCGCCUGGGGGUUCAAUUACCAACAACCAUACACAUUCACCUACAUAGCACAACGGGUGCCUCCACCCUUAAGUAGGCGGUGGGAUGCCUCACACACAUAUCGCGCAUUACUCAAAAAUUAACUAAUAAUAACUUGAACGAAAAGCAUAAACUAAAAGAUCUACGACAGAUAUUUUACCCCCUUUACACUCACCUAGAAAAGAUGACUCCUCGAUUCCUUCCUUGAAGAUAUCCCUCCUUAGCCGAAUUAUCUCGGGAAACCUAUUAUUAAGAAUACAUUUUCUUAGACGACCUUUCUCGAUUUAAAACCUCCUUUUUAAACACUAGAACAUCCUCUCCUCAAAAUCCAGUCUUUGAGGACGAAUUUUUCCUUCAAAACCGACCAUUUUUCCUAAUUAGUUUAGUCUUGGACGAAUUUUUCACCUAACUUGAACCUUCUUAAUAAUUUGGAUGAUAAUUUUCCCAUGUCAAUCGUGAGAACCUAUACCCUGGAAAAUUAUCGAACCCUUUAAAACCCCUAGGAAAGAAUCUUAUUUAAUUAAAAAGAAUAUUUGACCAAUUUCUAAAAUUAGUAAUACAUCUUCAAAAAUCCUCAAAUUAAAUCACAACUUUCUCCUAGACGCCCAUCAAUUUAUAAAAUUGUUAAAUCCAGAAACCAACACCUAAAGAGGCUCGAGACAAUUUAAAACAUCUAAAAAAAAUGUUUUUGGAAAUUUCCAGCAGCUUUAGUGACCACCCAAAAUCUGUCACUAAAAGCCAGUAAGGUCUGUUGCUAAAAUCCAGAAUUGCACCCUCACGAAAAAUCCCCAAAUUAAUCGAUCUAACUCAAAGGGAUCGAGUUCCCUUACCUCUAGAACGUGCCUAGGACUUGAUUGUAUGACCUGGGACGUUGAUCUCCUCGUUGAUCGAUGUUCAAACCCUCAAUUGUCACAGCAACCGGACUAGGGCACAUGAACGAGUCGGGUUACCUUUUUAUUCUCACAACCCUGUCUCGCGUGGAAUUGGAGAGGCGAUGUGCGGGGUGGAAUGGGACGCUUGGGAGGGGUUUCAAAAUUUCGGUGUUGCUCUGAAACCAAGGGCGACGUACGAAAUGCCGGUGGUGAGGAAGUUUACUCGAGCGCCUGGGGGAUUCUCUCCUACUGCUCUUGUUCAUUCAAUUGGGGAAAUUAGGUUUUGGGGACAAAAGCAAGAUUACGGCGUGGGUUUUGGGGGAAAUGUGGGCCGCUCGGCCCUUUCGGGCGAGUAUAGUUAGUUGAUUUUUUUUAUAACUAUAAUAUAAUAAUAUAUUAUUAUUAUUAUUAUUAUUAUUAUUAUUAUUAUUAUUAUUCCUAAUCCACGGCUGCAAAUCUUAGUAUGUAACCGUUAAUCCAAUCAUUCACGUAUUGACUCACUUCUACUGUCACUCUAGGAAUUGGCCAAGUGAAACCACUUCCUAAAGCGUAGUAUAGCGGGUUUGGGUUUAAAUGUCAACCCGGGUCCUAGAUUUGAUGACUACUCGGUGAAUUCUUGUUAUCUAGCAAUGAAACUUUAAUGCAAGUCUAAACUAACAAACUAACAAAGCAAGUAAACGGUUGUAUUCAGGUUAAGAGAGGUCACCCGGAUAUGGUUCCCCCUAGACUGCAGUUAAGCCGGAUUGCAAUUACCAAAUUCAGUUUCUAUGAUAGUUAUACUGCGGAAGGUUCUCAAACAGCCUGAAGUCUCGACUAAAGGUCUUCAGACCCUCUCAAUCUGAGUCUCUAGCGGGCGACUAACCUCCACCGGAGUAAACAGAUUGAGGCCUUAACAAACAAAACCUCCACUACCGGAGUGAAUCCGGUACAGAAUAGUGAGUUGGCUCUUCGACUAAAGUCACCAACUCCCUAUCUUCAAUCAAGGAUGCUCUAUCAACCUAGGCAGAUAUUCUCAUUCUAGGUUAAAGCAGAAACAACAGGAAUUUGAUCAGGAUUCAUGCCAUUCAAUCAUUCAAACCUUAAUUGAAUAUAAUCAAAUCAUGGAAUCAGUACUUGGGUUCAUACAAUCAAACCUAACAUACAAAUCUAGGGUUCUCCAUACCCAGAUGAAUGGGAGAACUACUCCAUGGAGAAAGAAGCAAAAGCAGAAUCAGACGCGGAAUUCAUACUGUGAAGGAUGGAUUCCUGCUCCUGGACGUUGAUUGGCACUCCUCCAAGCUCAAUCCAAGCUCCAAUGGUGAUGAAGAUCAAGUUAGGGCACUUGGAGACUCUUGUUCGUCGCUUUCUCUCUCUAGGAAUCGCUCUAUCUCUCUCAAAACUCGAAUCCCCUUCUCUUUCUGCUGAAAUCUGCUUAAAAGGGCAUCACUGGGCAAGGCACGGCCGUGCUUUGCUCCAGCCCGCCCGUGCUUUGGCUAGGGUUAAUUACACGGCCAGCCUGUUGGGAGAAACACGGCCGUGCUUUUGGGUGGACACGGCCGUGUAAUUUCUCAGCCCUGCCUGUGUUUUUAGCUCGGGUUUGCCAAACUCAAAUCAGCUCUCGGCAGUAAAAGCACGGCCUAGGAACACGGCCGUGUUCUGAUUUAGGUGUGCCCGUGUUUUGGCUCCAGCUCCACCGAAUGACUUCCGAAUGCCCCGAAACUUGUGCUUAGCCUUUCCUUUGACGCCUGGGACCUGAAAUAUGACAAAAUAGCACAACCCGGCGUAAAAUAGGCCAAAAAUACACGACUAUGCCCCUCAAACGGAUAAGAACUAGGGGUGCAAAUACGUGCAAUUACAUCGUUAUCACGUAUUAAGUUCGAUCCCAAACCCAAACGUCGGAAUGUUACAGAAGAUAAAGAUGAAUGUGUUAU